AUGGUGCCUCAGCAGCAACGAAGGAGACGUCGCCGAGCGGCUCUCGCGAGGACGUCUGAGCGGCGAGUGGUUGUUUCGAGAGGUCCAGGGGGCUUUGGGUUUACCAUCGCUGGACAACGACCUUGUGUAGUGUCAGCAGUUGCACCCGGUGGUCCUGCUGAACGCGCAGGUUUACGAGCUGGCGACGCACUUUUAGCUGUCGAUGGAGCUAGUGUUGCUAGAGCGCCCCAUGCAUCUGUCGCACGAUUAAUAGCUGGAGCCCCGGGAGCCAUAGCCUUGUCCGUGUCCCCGCGGGAAGCGCCGCCUACUGAUACUGAGGAUACGGAGCCUGAUGAGAGGGCGAGAACGCGGAGGAGACAUCCGCCUCCAAGGCGCAGACCACAGGCCAUGUUGCACCAUCCAUCCUGUCACGCUGCACCAAGCACUUCAGGCGUCAACGAGAUCCUGCAGAAUUUGAGCAGGGCUCAGCUGACUCCCAACCAUGCCGCCCGUCUAGAAUGUCGCGCUGUUGUCGGCUACCUCGGGACCAUAGAAACACCGCAAGCUGCCACAAAUGCUGCUCCAGGGAAUGUUAAAACUGCAGUCAGAAAACUUCGACAAGAAAGACGUCCUGCAGCACCAGUUUUAUUAUCUGUUCUUCCAAAUUCGUUACUGCUCCGUCGUCCAACCGGCCAAAUCCUUGCCCAAUAUCAACGAGAAAGAAUAGUAUACGCAGGUUGUGGUUCCGAUGCCGAUAGAAGGUACUUUGGACUAGUAACUUCAGCCGAAUCCUCUGACUCUGAAACUUCACACAGCUGCCACGUGUUCGCUGUAGAUCCUCGCAUGGCUGAACACGACGCACACUUAACGAGAGCAAGGGACUUCCAAAUUGCAUGUACCAGAGAUCCAGUAGCGGAAAGAUGCCUGGAAUUCCCUCCUUCAGCUGAAUAUGUUAUUGGAGUAAUCAGAGGAAUGUACUCUUUACCCGCUGAAAAUUGCUCCAGUCCAAGCCUCCUGCCGAUUUCUAAACUUGCUGUCAAGGGAGACAGUCCAGCUUUGGGUAACUUUUCGAGGUGUAAUCGACCAGUGUUUCGCGUGCCUCGUGAUCGACGUCCCCCUUGUAGACACGAAGAGCGGGUAGAAGCUCACGAUUUUGUUGCGAAUUCGCCUCAACCCAGUAAUCAUAGUGAAAUAACUACUACAUCAAGUAAUAGUGACUCAGGAAUAGGCUUUCAUAACGAUUGCCGGAAUAUCGCUGAUCGUAUAUUAGUUGUAGACUUUGCUGGGCAACAAGCGGCUCCCAAUAGAUUCCGCCAAGAAUUGCCUCGACGACCGCUUGGUUUGGUCGGAUGUAGUAGCUUUGAUACAGAUGGCUCUUUCUUAUCGAAUACUACACCUGUGGUUGAUGGUUUUGGUGGUCAAGGUAGACCCCUCAACCUGGACGAUGUCAUCCUAAACGCCAACGAUCUACAGCCAGUUCGUCACGUGAGUCCACGAAACGACGAUGAUAAUUACAACUACAAUAAUGUUUACGGGAAUAUUCCAUCGAGUUCUAGAAGUUACGUCAACGGUGUGGUUUAUGAUCAGGUGUAUACAGAGACGGAGGGUCACCAUUAUGAGUUUAUACCUUCCCAGCUAGAUAUGGACUUGGAAAUUGAUAGAGUAGCUGAAACUUUUAAUUCUGUAGAAAUUUACGAAGAACGACCUCGAUACCCUCCUGACUGGCAGUCAAACGAAUCAGUGGAAAAUGUUACGGUGAUAUCUGGCGGAACUAGCAAGACUAGUAUGGACUCUGUCUCUGUCUAUUCUUCGAGGAGUCACGAAGAAGCUCGACCAUCGAGGAGAAGGCAUAUGCAGGCAUCGCUGGACGAUAUGCUUGUGUGUGGUCUUAGGGAUCAACAAUCAGUCGCUGAUAAAGAUCACGAUAAUUUUGUACAUCCUGCCAGUAUUAAAUUCAAGGUUCGUAAAUCAAUGAAACCGCUGAAUAUAUUGUCGAAGACGAAGCACAUACUGUCUGGCAAGGAACGGGAUAAGCAGAAGGAGGAACGUCGGCGGGCUCUGUCGGCGAGUGCAGGCGAUGUGUGCGCCGCGAGGAACUCGGAGGGACUGCCAGCUGCAGCCAGCGAGCCAGAUCUCAGAGAUACACAGGUCAGUUUAUAUUUAUACCACUAG